GAGAGAGAGAUAGAGAAAAAUGGGAGGGAAAUGGAUGUGUAUGCGUGAGGCAUGAGUUGAGGAAGGUGGGGGAUAAAGCAUAUAUAGACACUCAUUCUUAUACAUGAGAUACUAUCAACAUACUCACCCAGCUCUUGCAAACACACAUUGAGAUACAAACAGCACCCACAUUACAACAAAUUCCUACACUCACAGAGAGAGAGGAAAGAGAAUGAUAGAGAUGCCCAUAGCAGGUGCCAAAAACUGAGACGAGACAGAAAGAGGCAAAGGGAUGGAACAGGAAUAAAACACGUAGUCAGGCUUUAAAAGAUCAAACUAUCUUUGUAUUUGUGUCUUGUGUCCAUUUGUGUCUGUGUUUUGGUGUGUUCGUCUAAACCUGUUCUAACUAUCCAUUCCAGCAUUAGUGGUGUAUCUGGGAAAAAUAUUACUUGCACCAUGUUGUGCUCUUCUGUAUUUGUGGUGCUUGUAGCCCUUGUCAUCCACCCAGUGCCUGGUCACACUCGAGCUCUGCACACCCCAGACAAAGCCAUGCAGGUCAUCAAUCAGUUCCUUGAGCACUACAAUGACCUUAUGACCCUUGAUGAUCUUGAGAAUCUCGCAAGUGACGAGUCUGAAGAACCCAUGCAGACCUUCAAUUCUGGGCUAAAAGUUGCAGAAUACCCUAAAUGGAUUGACAUACCCGUGCAGACAGAGAAUGCCUGGAUCCGCCUUUUAAAGGGGGCUUUGACCAAUCAGAAGCGAGCUCCACCAGAUCGGUUACGGAGGGGUUGGAACCGAGGCUGUUUUGGACUGAAAUUGGACCGGAUUGGCUCGAUGAGUGGUCUCGGGUGCUAAAAAUGAACGCAGAGAUGAACCAAGAUGAUGUGAUAACGGUUGUCCUACUUAAGGUAGAGAUCAUGACCACUGUCCUAGUCUGGGAGGCCGAGAAAGAAGAGAACUAGGUGGACAAAUUCAUUAAUGUAUUUAAAUAUACUUUUUCUUACAUCGGAUUUGAAGUAAUCUGUUGUUUCGCUGUAUUUGCAUAUUUAUUUCUCAAAGAGGAUAGCAAGAAUUGAGUGUUUUACUUGUCCUUAAAUGUAGAUGAAUUAUUAUGAUCUUGCUUUUGAGUUUACUAGUGAGCACAGAUAUCAAGGUGAUAGAAUUUCUGUGUUGAAAAGUUUAAAGAUUAUGCAUGGUACAUAAACAUAGUAAUGAUGACAUUAUUUCUGUACAAUUUGCAUGAAUAAAUAAAAAAAUCUAAAUCAA